UGAUCAAUUGCAGUCCUAAACAACAAUAGGAACAUACAACACAAACAAUACCAAGUGAAUUAAACUUCACCACAUCGCACAAGCAGGUGGGUAUCAGGACUCAGCAGCUGAGUAGAUAACGCGAUGGCGUUUGAAGCGAACAGUACAGGGUUCGAGUCUGUGAGUGAACAUUAACUCUGGGAUGCAUGUGAAUCCAGCUGACGAGUCGCAAAUGGACGAAACGUGCGUCCUGGAUUCCACUGCUAACAACUACCCAUCUUUGCUUAUAAUGCUACUGUAUGUUAAUCAAGAUUAGUAUGUGUAGUUGACGAUAUGAUUGACUAAGUCGAUUGUUAAGUAUUUCACCGUCAUUUUACACUCAAUAUGCGACGAAAUCCAGUUUGGUUUUGCGAUGAAUAGUUUAAGUUUGUACCCGAAAUGAUGAAUUGUUCAACUUGUUAAUCAUUGUUUAAAAUCAAAACAUUUAGAUAAUAUUACACUUCUUUGUCAAUACUGCGGUAAGAAUUACAUUCUUUGAACUGUAAGGUUUAAUUUUAAAGCUUUCACUGUUUUUUAGACAAUAUCAUCAGCACAAAAUUCAGAUAGAAGUGAGCUAUAGUCAUUUCUUCGCAUAUGGCUAACAGCUUGUCCCAUCAACCUUGAUUGUGAUUAGCUGUUGUUAACCAUUGUCGUAUUCUUUUCUGUAAAUUUUCUGUGUAUUUUUCCCACUUUAAUUUAAUAAUCAGAAUAAAUAUACAGACAACGACAUUAUAAUGGUAAGUAACAAAAAAUAAAAGUCAAGGUUAACAGAACAUGCUUCUAAUCAUGUAUGAACGAAUUGAAGUAAUUCACUUCUAUCUGAAGUUUAUACAUUUGAUGAUCUCGCUUAGAAAGACAACAAAAUGUUCAUGACUAAACUACCUAUUACAGAGAACGCAAUCUCACAAUAGUUAUGUUGAGCUGCAAAUCUUCAUCACUUAGUCAAUAGUAUCAUUUGAAACAUCAUUAUGUAAUGAACCUUCCAGAUUAAAAUUUCUCUUGUAUCGAGGGUGGGGAGAGUUAGCUUUCCCUCUCCAAAUGCUCUCACAUGGACACGCGUAUACGACACUUCCAGGGAAGUCCUACUCACUGCCUUCUCGCACCAGGGGUGUUGUUUAACCGGGUUGAUGGAUAUUGUAGAUCCAUCUAGGGGAGUUAGAAAACCCUGAUUCAAAAAACCAAUGGUGCACAUCGGCUACAGUAUCCUGAAGAAACAAAUGGCGUAUCAAUUUAUUGUUGAUCACUGACUACCAUAGGACUGCAUCUCUUGAUGUUGCUCCACUGCCUUGUGGAUCAGACAUUUAGGUGGAAGGCUCCGGGUGUGACUCCCUAAAAAAGCUACCUGUUUCGGUUUGGUCACCUGGACAGUAUCACAGCCCACACACGAAUCAUUUGACUUAUGUGGAGCAUAUGCAUUAGGUGCUUCUUUGUACCAAUGUUUAUGUGUUCAAACAAAUAAUAAAUAACAUUAAUACAACCAUUAAAAUUACUACAUUUUCCUAGCUGUAAAUUUUUAAAGUAAAAAUAAUCUUGAAAAUAAUGAAUACUAACUUUGCUCUCUUUUCUAGUAAACAGCAUAAUGAGCGAACUGAAUUGAUACAACGACUUUCCGGCCUUAUGUGAGCAAAUACUGUACAAGUUUAUCAUGUCUGAAUUAGUGGAUUAUUCUGAUUCUGAUAAAUCUGAAUCGGAUAUUUCAUUGAAUGAAUAUGAAACUUCUAUAGAUUUAUCAAAUCCAGCUCAUUUACAAUCUUCACAAUCUGUUCAUAUCGCUGAAGAAGAUUUUUUCAAUCUGAAAGAUAUGAAUGAUGAAAGCAAUUCUAAUUUUUGGACAUCCACAAUACAUGAUAAUGACUUAUUGCCAUGUAUAGUGCCAAUGAUCAACAAUGAUGACAAAGCAUUCUCAUUACAAAAAGACAAAUAUUUAGAAGAGCAAAAUUUAUCUCAUACCAUUGAUUCUACCAGUUCAUGGAAUCAUACUGAAAUAUUGAACAGUAAUAGCAACUUUCUUAUUUCCUAUGUUAUUGACAAUAAAGCAUCUAAUAUUGUUGAUACCAAUGAUAGUGUAAUCUAUCCUCGUCUUUCACUUCAAUGGCCAUAUCUUGCAUUAUGUGGACCGUUAUGCAAACAACCUAAUGAAACUAUUGAUAAACUAUCAUCACAUAUCUUAAUAUGGCGACUUCCAUAUCCUGAUAGUGGAAAAAAUUCACCUUCACUUAUUUGUGAUUAUAGAAUUCAUUUAGAUCAUAAACUGACUUCUACAUCACCAUCGUCAUCAUCAUUCCUAUCACCAUAUUCACGACGAGAUUCUUAUUGUUGGACAAAAUUUCAUUCUCCUACAACAGAUUCACAAUGUUUACAAUUGAUAGCAGCUACUUAUAAAGGAUUAGUCGAAAUGUGGGAUAUUAAUCAAGGUAAACAGAUUAGAGAUUUCAAUGUAUCUUCACAAACUGGUCAAUUAUUGCGUUGUGCAUCGUUACCAGUCGAGAACUUUUCCUCUUUUCUCUUAACUGGUGGUAUCAGUGGUAUUAUAAGUUUAUGGGACUUGCGUAUAUCAGCAUCCAAAGUACCUCAAUUGAAAUAUUCCCAUACAGAAUUAAAAGCUUCAAUAGCUGAUUUACUUUGGCUUAAUGAAAAUCAAUUCAGUUCAUGUUCAGAUACUGUUGAUCGAAAUAAUUGUGAACAUAAUAUUGCUGUAUGGGAUAUACGAUUUACUAAACCAAUAUCUCAUCAAUUAUAUCAAGAACGUUGGGGCUGUAACCGAUUAGCUUUAAAGCCAAAAUUUCAUUCUAAUCAAAAUAUUCGUUUUGCUGUACAAACUCAAGGUGAUGCAAUUGUAGAAAUCUAUUGUAAAACAAUGAAAAAUUCCACAUCAUCAAAUCGAUUAAGUUAUCAUUUAGAGAAACGUUGGCGUUAUGAAGGUCAUCAGAUUCAAGCCCAUCCUCUUGGUAUAGCUUAUAAUCCAUCUGGCAAUUUAUUGGCUAGUGGUUCAUGGUCAUCUUCUAGUCCAGUUAUAUGGUCUACUGUUCACAAGAUUGAUUCAUCUUCUAUUUUAAUGACACCAAUGAAAAAGCUACCAGGAUUUCGAAGCUCACCAAAAUCUAUGAUAACUGAUGUUGCUUGGAUACCAAACCAGUAUGUUUCAAACGGACGUGACAGUAUAAUAGCUGUUCAAUCAAAUGGGACUAUUAUUGUAUAUAGCUCAAUAUAAGCAUAAUGUUUUAGAUAGAAUUUGUAAAUACAUAUACAAGUUUUGUAAAA